GCAGUUCUGGACCCCCGCGACCGCACUCGGACGGGCAGAACUUUGGGGAGACCGCGUAUCCCUUAGCGCAUCCGGCUCAGCGUCCAGUUUGAUGAGCCUCGAUACCGACCUGGCGUCUCCACUGUUGGGUCCUGCAAGCGAGCGAAGCGUAUUAGACGCUACGAACAACCAAGCGAUUAUACCUGGUCAAAGCACAAUACUGCCAGGCGUUGGGGGGCUUGAGUUGGUACGUUCACUUGUUGUACGUUGACUUUUUAACAUCUGCCAUUCUACUCAACUACUUACAUUGAUUGUCGUGCUCGUAGAUUCGUGUGGGGUCAUUUAAUUUAAGGAAGAUAAAACUUCUACUUUAUGUUUUGCAACUCCCUUAGGUGGACGUCGGAAGAAGCUUGGACCAAC